UUCGUACUUGGCGGAGUAUCUUUGCGCGAAAGAGUGUUACUACCACCAGCAGUGCAUUCUUAGCAGCUGUCAGUGAAGAGUCAUAGAAGAUCGCCAAAUAAAACGGUUUUCGUCAUUGGGCCAUUGAUUCAAUGUGUUUACCGUGACAGACAACAGGGGACUACUUUUGUUGACGUAUCGGCAUCUGUGUGAUUAUUCUGUCCUCUUUUGAUAUUGGACCUUGUUUUUUGAACUUUACUUGUGUCUGGGACUUCAUCAACAAUCAUCAUGGAGAGCCUUUAUCAGCGCCUAUUCACCUCGCCCCGGAAGCAGAGGUUCACAACGUAUACGAGCUCAUCCGAGGCGCUCCUGAAGCGCGGCGGCAGCCCACCAUCGACGGCGGCUUCAUCGCGGCUGACCGUACUCACCAACUCUGGCAUCAGCAUCGUGUCGCUCGACCAGCGCCAGAAGAAGAACCAGCGCCCCAACCAGCACGAACUGCAACAGCUGACGCAUCAGCAACAGCAGCAGGACCAGCUACAGCAGCAGCAGCAGCAGCAGCAAGAGCAAGAACAGCAGCAGCUGGAGCUCCAGCAGCAGCAGGAACGCAAACGGCAACAGUACAAGGACGAGAGCAUGGCGACCCAGCGGGAACUGAACCUGCUGCUGGCGGCGGAACUGGCGCCAGUGGCGUCGCAGGAGGACAAGAAGCUGGCGGCGUCGCAGGAGGCGCACGUGAUCGCGUGCAGCCGCCUGUCUGGCCUUUCGGGGCUGGUCGACACCAAGCAGAUCGACACGGUCGAGGAUGGUGACGUCCCCGCGAGGGUGGGCCGCGGGCACCUCUGGACACAGGUGCUGGCAUCUGUGUCCGUGUCCAUAGGAUCUCUCGUGGUUGGAUUUUCUUCCGCCUACACAUCACCAGCACUUGCAUCCAUGAAAGCCGACACUAACAGCACGAUCACCGUUGAUAAACAACAGGAAUCCUGGAUAGGCAGCCUGAUGCCGCUGGCGGCCUUGCUGGGAGGCGUCGCAGGCGGCCCUCUGAUCGAAGCCAUCGGCAGAAAGACGACGAUCUUGGCCACGGCCAUUCCGUUCAUCAUCUCGUUCCUGCUGAUCGGGCUGGCCGUGAACGUGCCCAUGAUCCUAGCGGGCCGCUCCAUCGCCGGCUUCUGCGUGGGCAUCGCGUCGCUCUGCCUGCCCGUGUACAUGGGCGAGACGGUGCAGGCCGAAGUGCGCGGCAUGCUCGGCCUCAUCUCGACCACGUUCGGCAACCUGGGCAUCCUGCUGUGCUACGCCAUCGGCAACUGCCUCAACUGGUGGAAGCUGGCGCUCUUCGGCGCCUGCCUGCCCGUGCCCUUCCUCGUCUGCACGUGCUUCGUGCCGGAGACGCCGAGAUGGUACAUCUCCAAGAACAAAAACAAGAGAGCGCACAAGGCGCUGCAGUGGCUGAGAGGCAAGGACGCAGACGUGACGGCAGAGCUGCACGAGAUCGAGAAGAACCACCUGGACUCGAUCAAGAACGCGCCCGCGUCUGCCCUCGACCUCUUCAACAGGAACAACAUCAAGCCCAUCACGGUCAGCAUAGGCCUCAUGUUCUUCCAGCAGCUUAGCGGUAUCAACGCGGUCAUCUUCUACACCGUCGACAUCUUCAGGGAUGCUGGCAGCACGAUCGACGGAAACCUCAGCACCAUCAUCGUGGGCAUUGUCAACCUCGGCUCCACAUUCAUCGCGACUGCACUGAUCGACCGCCUCGGCCGCAAGGUGUUGCUGUACAUCUCUGCCAUCUCGAUGAAUCUGUCCCUCCUCGCUCUGGGAGCGUUCUUCUUCCUUAAAGACACGGGAUACGACGUGGAAGACUACGGCUGGCUGCCGCUGGCCAGUUUCGUCAUCUUCGUCAUCGGGUUCUCGCUAGGAUUCGGGCCUAUCCCGUGGCUCAUGAUGGGGGAGAUCCUACCAGCCAAGAUUAGAGGACCGGCAGCGUCCAUCGCCACGGCUUUCAACUGGGCGUGCACCUUCAUCGUCACCAAGACUUUCAGCGAUCUCAAGGAAGCAGUAGGUCCGUACGGAGCGUUCUGGAUUUUCGCCACCAUCUGCUUCUUCUCGCUGAUUUUCGUGAAAUUCUGCGUUCCCGAGACGCAGGGCAAGAGCCUCGAGGACAUCGAGAGGAAGUUCAACGGACCCGUCAGGCGAAUGAGCUCGAUCGCCAACCUGAAGCCUAUGCCGAUGGCCGUCUGACGAAAUUGUAAGGCUCUGUAUAUGAUGUUCUCCGAGCCGUCGCGAGCCGACGACUGCUGGCCGCGCGAGACCGGCGUGGAAUAAAGGAACUGAAAUCAAA